AUGACGUUCGAUUUACUACAACUCCUUAAUGAUAAAUUCGAGAAUCUUCGCACAAUUUCAUUUACAAAUUGUGGCUUCGACAGGGACGCUACGACAUUCCUAAGCUCUGGCGCAUGCUCGUUAUAUAAACGAAUUAGAGAUCUCACUACUGAAGAGGGUUCUACGCCAUCGUCCACCACCGUCUCCACAUGUGUAAACUCGUCCGCAAAAUAA